AUGUCCAAACUGACCAACUACCGUCUUCUCUCCUUCGACGUCUACGGAACCCUAAUUGACUGGGAAACCGGCGUCUGGAACGCAAUCCAGCCAACGCUAACCGCGAACAACACGCAAAUAACACGGGCAGACUACCUCAAGCUCUACCAGGAGCUCGAAAAAGCCCAACAAACCAAGACCCCAGAUAUGCCCUACUCACAACUCCUCUCCACCAUCCACCCGCAAAUCGCUUCCCGCCUGGGCUUGAAUCCACCCACCGCAGAAGAAAGCAACCAUUUCGGCGAAUCAGUCGGCCAGUGGCCUGCGUUCACGGAUACGGUGGAGGCGUUGAAGCGUCUGUCGAAGCACUACAAGCUGGUCGUGCUUUCGAAUGUGGACCGGGAGUCGUUCCAGAAGACCAAUGCUGGCAGCUUGCAGGGGUUUCCAUUUGAUUUGAUCAUCACGGCGCAAGAUGUGGGGUCGUAUAAGCCUAACCUGGCUAACUUUGAGUAUAUGUUGAAGGCUGUGAAGGGGCAAUUUGGGGUCGAGGCGGAACAGGUGCUCCAGACGGCGCAGAGUCAAUUCCAUGAUCAUCAUCCUGCGAAGAAGAUGGGGCUCAAGUCUUCUUGGAUUGAGAGACCGGGGGCUUUGAUGGGGAAUUUAGAGGAUACGAUUUAUGAUUGGAGGUUUGAUACGCUCGGAGAUAUGGCUGAUGCUGUCGAGAGGGAGUUGUAG